ACGACAUUUGUAGGGAUUUUUGAGAAGGAUAUGUAUUUUGGGCAUUUGUGGACGUAGUAUACGACUCCAGUACCUCCAUGUCGGACACCGACGAUGUGUGCGACCUCCGACGUCCGCAGGGGCUGGGCUGCGCAGCGCUGUGACCCUGCUGAGCUUGGAGGACCCACGUGGUGCCUCCAACGCCGGGAGACACCGCCUUCGGAGCGCGACGUGGAUACCUACAACGUGCGGAACGAGGCGGUCUUCUAUGCGUGCGAGAGCACCGUCGGGCGCAAUGGUGCAGAGAUCGCCGCACAAGUGGCCGAGCUGAAAGAGGCCGGUGGCACUCUAACGGAGAUGAUCCGCGUGGCCUGCCGAGAGGCUGGCAAUUGCGUUUCAAAGCGCAGGAAAGGGAAAGGGAAAGCGAAGGCGGAGCUGUGAGACACUGGAGUGAAGUAGAUUAGGGUGUGUAUCAGAAUAGGAAGACCUCCCAAAGACCC